AUGAUAAUCACUUUCAUACUUUGUGAUCCAAUCUGUGUCAAACAAUCUGGAAUAAGGGCCAAAAUCAAGAGUUUUACAGCUACGAUGAGGUUUGUUUCGAAUUUUCCCUUGCGGCUUUUGAGUUCUUCGGCGAGUUCAAUGAAGGUGUCAUCCCUCAAAUCAAUGAUGCCUUUACAAAGUCGAAACGCUUUAUAUCCUAUAACCCUGACAACUGUCAAACAAUUCAGCAUCAAGAAUCAUCGACAGUUAUGUACAUCUGACAAAGGUAAACCUGAAGAUCAUGUUGCUGAGCUAGUCAAAAGUAGUCGUAUUGUGCUUUUUAUGAAAGGAAAUCCUAAUGAACCUCGCUGUGGUUUCAGUAAUGCUGUUUGCCGUAUACUUGAAAUGCAUGGAAUACUGGAGAAAGCAAGAAAAGGCGAUGAUCCAAAACUAUUCUCAUCAUAUGAUGUUUUGGAGAGUGAAGAUUUACGAACUGGUGCUAAGGUGUUUGCCGAUUGGCCAACUUUCCCUCAAGUAUACUUUGAUGGAGAAUUCAUUGGUGGAUGUGAUAUUGUUUUAGAUAUGCAUCGUUCUGGCAAACUGACUGAAGAACUCGAACGUCUCGGUAUUGGUUCUGCCUUAAAAAAGGCAUCAGAAGAAGGGAAAUCAUAA